GCUCCGCACCGCUUUCGGUAACGCAUCAGGGUGUUCUUGAUGUCAUUUCUCCUGAAUAGUCCAGGGCAAUACGCUAGUUGCUACGGAGUAAUCCGUAAAGUGUGUACUAUGUAGAUGUUUAUGGUUUUAUUAUUGGAAGGAAUUGAGAUCAAUUCCAUAGCGGCAGUGAGAUGGGAAAAUCUGCUAUGAUGCAUCAUAGCUCGGUUCGAAGAUCGACACUGUACCUUACCCUGCCAGAUCACAUUCGACUGGGAGCCAUGGUACAGUAGGUUGAAUCUAUCAGCAUGCGGAUAACGUCCCAUCAUUAUCAUUCAAUCGUUGACCUGCACAGCCAGUCAAGGAUCGUCCAUGCUUCCAAAGAUACAUCCCAUACGGUGAAGGACAAGUCAUUCUCAUCCAGUCUUUAAGGGAAUUAUGCAAUGAACGACAAAACUAGCGGUGGGCGUCCCAGAAUCUGUGCUUCAAUGAGCACAGGUACACCAGGGCCGCUCGAGUACAUUCAAUCGCUCUGGCUUCUUCCAAUGACCACAGUAUUAUGCUUAAUUUUCCUCUGCCAACCUUUUGAUGCUUCGCUCAUGUCCUAUUUGAUGCCUUGGGUAUAUCGCAGCUCUCAUGGAAGUCUACACGUGGUUAUUCGGUGGGAAACGACCUAAUUAAGCUAAAGAUUGGAUCUGUUCGGUGACGCUGUUGAGCGGUUAGCAUAUAUUCCUUGAAAGUCCCUCGCAUUUGAUAAACGCCAUAAUGUCUCUAUCCCAAGCAGCGAUUCAUGAGUAGCUGUCAACUGCAGCCAAUCUUUUCUGAUAGGCCUUGAGAAAUUCUGGGUUUGCAAUCCCUGAAUCUGACGACAGAAAAAAGGAAGCGGCGGGAGGAGAUACAGAGGGCGGUCAGAUAAACUGCCGGUUGUUUCCCACUCUUGAUGACCUCAGGUGUCAACACUUCUAUUUCCAUGCACAGCAGCCCAACAAUCAUCUUUGAUAAUACGAGAUCCUGGGCAAAGU